UGGUGCUGGUACUGGUACUGGUACUGGUACUGCUAUUGCUACUGCUAUUGCAACUGCUAUUGCUAUUGUUCUUGCUACUGAUACUGCUACUGGCGUUUAGUGUUGCUUGCUGAUGGUGGUAGUGAGUGCACGGUAUAGUUCCCUUCUCUCUUUGUAAGUUCAUAGUAUCAUACAUCUCUCCGCCGUUACUCUCACGAACUGAGAUUUUACCUACGUUUCUUGGUCGCUGGUACCGCGACUGAUCUUCAGGAUCUCUGGUCUUGCAGUCGUUUACCUCUUCUCCUUCUCUCUCACUUUCUUGCUCUCUUUCUCUCUCCCUCUCUCUUGCUUUUUUCUAUCUUUCUUCUUUUUUCUUUCGUUUCUUUCUUCAUGACUUCCGCCAAAACCGACCGUCAUUUCAUCCACUGUCCAUGCGCCAACGUGAUCACGUACGACUGAAAAAAAGUGUGUGUGUUCUUGUCCUCUUCGCCGACACCGUGUAUCCAUAUAUAAACGACUUGAUACAUACUGGAAGUAACGGGAAAAAAAACUAGCAUCGAAAAAACUCGUCAAUCACGUAUACUGCUUCGGGUGUCGCUUUCGCAGAUAGUUUUGCGCGCGCACGAACGCGGAAGAUCGUUGAUUUUACGAUUGGAUUCUACGGAUUCCACGGUACGAUCUCUCCAGUGCUGAUACGUUUAAGCAAUCAGAAUGUAUCGCGUACUACUUUUUCUCGUCUUCGUUUACGGGAAUAUUCGUGGAAUGCAAUUCCAUACCAAAGGAGACUUACCUCGUUUAUAUCAUCCGCGUUUCUUAAUGUAUGAGGAACCGUAUAACAUCGAGUUCAAGUACCACAAUUACGAACAGAUGAGCCGCUUUCUUCGCGCGACGUCCCUUCGAUUUCAAAAUCUCACCGCGCUGUAUUCAAUAGGAAAGUCGGUGAAAGGUCGAGAUUUAUGGGUAAUGGUCGUUUCGUCCUCACCUUACGAGCACAUGAUCGGAAAGCCUGAUGUAAAGUAUAUCGCUAACAUACACGGAAACGAAGCUGUGGGACGCGAAUUAAUGCUACAUCUUAUUCAUUUUCUCGUGACAUCGUACGGAUCAGACGCAUAUAUAACAUGGUUAUUGGACAAUACAAGGAUUCAUAUUUUGCCGUCAAUGAAUCCUGACGGCUUCGAAGUCUCUAAAGAGGGACGCUGUGACGGUGGUCAAGGCAGGUAUAACGCGCGCGGCUUUGACCUAAACCGUAAUUUCCCGGACUAUUUUAAGCAAAACAAUAAAAAGAGCCAGCCGGAGACCGAAGCCGUUAAAGAAUGGGUCUCGAAGAUUCAGUUCGUGCUCUCGGGCAGUCUGCACGGUGGUGCGCUCGUGGCCAGUUAUCCCUUCGACAAUACCCCAAAUUCGCUGUUUCAGAGUUUCACGUCGACGCCGAGCGUCUCGCCGGAUGACGACGUAUUUCAACAUUUAUCGUUGACGUAUUCUCGAAACCAUGGAUCUAUGUAUCAGGGAUUACCCUGUUCUCCGUCUCAGCCCGCAUUUAAACGUGGAAUUACUAAUGGCGCCGAAUGGUAUCCGCUUACCGGUGGAAUGCAAGAUUUCAACUACGUGUGGAACGGUUGUAUGGAGAUCACCUUGGAACUUUCUUGCUGCAAAUAUCCCCCAGCCGCGGAUCUACCACAUUACUGGGCGGAAAAUCGAGCAUCUUUAAUCAAAUUUCUGGCGGAGGCUCAUAGAGGUAUUCAUGGUUUUGUUAUCGAUGAAAAUGGUAAUCCCAUCGAAAGGGCUUCCGUUAAAGUGAAAUCACGAGAUGUUAGUUUCUCAACAACGAAAUAUGGUGAAUUUUGGAGAAUUCUUUUGCCUGGUGUUUACAAGUUGGAGGUAUUUUCGAACGGGUAUAUACCUCGUGAGGUUGAAUUUGUAGUAAUCGAACAACAUCCAACGCUUCUUAAUGUUACCCUUUACUCGGUAAAAAGACAAUACGAUGAGGAAAAUGGGUCUGUUUUAUAUAACGGAAACAUCGGUGGAAGACCUUAUCCACACCGCGACCAUACGUUACAUUAUCGACCUCAAUCAGGAGUUAAUACCGCGGCCGACGCCAACAACGGUAUCUUCUCGUCUAUCAGUAAUGGAUUUAAUAACUUUGUGACCAAUCUCUUUGGAUAAUCUUGUGAAACACAUAUACAAAUAAUAUUAUUUAUUUAUUCUAUAUUAUUUUAUCGUGUAAAAUGAAAUAAAACAUUAAACUUAGUCUGCCAAUAUUUGAUAGAUAAUUGGUGCAAAGAAAUCGUAAUCUCCGAUUAAUCGGCAAGAUACUGCCAAACAAUAAUGCAACCUAAGUUAUUAUAUUUCAUAUUAAGUUUGAUAUCCCUACGUUAUAAAAUAUUUAUGUAUUCAUCAGGAAUGUAUAUUAAGAAGUGUACUUUUAUUCUAUUUAUAAAUAUAUA